ACACACUCAAAUCUCUCUCUCUCUCUCUCUCCCCCCCCCCCCUCCCUCUCUCUCCCAACUCUAACCCAUGGCUUCCGAUUCUUCCCCGGCCAACAAUCACGACGGUCCAUCAUCCCCCGAUGACGACUCCAUGUCCAGUCCAAUCGGCAACACAUUCUCCUCCCCCGGAAACCCCCGCCGCCGCGGCCGCCGCUCCUCCGUCGCCACUCCCCCCUCUCGCCGCAGCUCCCGCUUCGCUACCCCCGAACCAACCCCCACUCCAGUUACUCGCACUAAUCGCCGCAGACGCCGCAGCCCCGACCCCGUUACCACCCCAAUCGCCGCCACUCCUUCCUCAGCCGACGAAGCGCCGCCCUCUUCCGAUGGCGGCGAGUUUGGGCACCCCGAUGAGGCCCCGCCGAUGUUUGUUUGGGGGACUAAUAUUAGUGUUCAGGAUGUCAAUGCUGCUAUUUUGCGAUUUCUUCGGAAUUUUCGAGGCAGGGAUGAUGCUAGUGUUGAGGGGAAGUAUAUGAUGGCCAUUCAUCAUGUGAUUGAAAUUCAAGGGGAUUCGCUUGAGGUCGAUGCCCACCAUGUGUUUGAUUAUGAUAAUGAUUUGUAUAACAAGAUGGUUAGGUAUCCUUUGGAGGUUCUUGCCAUUUUUGAUAUUGUGUUGAUGGAUAUGGUUAGUCGGAUUAAUCCGUUGUUCGAGAAGCAUAUUCAAGCUCGGAUUUUUAAUCUCAAGACGUCGACUACAAUGAGGAAUUUGAACCCUUCUGAUAUUGAGAAGAUGGUGUCAUUGAAAGGAAUGAUAAUUCGGUGUAGUUCGAUAAUACCUGAAAUCAGGGAAGCCAUGUUCAGAUGUCUUGUGUGUGGAUAUUUCUCUGAACCCAUUGUUGUGGAUAGAGGAAGAAUUAGUGAACCAACAACGUGCGGGAAGCAAGAAUGUCUUGCAAAGAACUCCAUGACAUUGGUGCACAAUAGAUGCAGGUUCGCUGACAAACAAGUUGUGAGACUACAGGAGACACCAGAUGAGAUUCCUGAUGGAGGAACGCCCCACACAGUCAGCUUGUUGAUGCAUGACAAAUUGGUGGAUGCCGGCAAACCAGGUGACAGGGUUGAGGUUACAGGGAUCUACAGGGCUAUGACUGUCCGAAUUGGGUCAUCACAAAGGACAGUAAAAUCUUUAUUCAAGACUUACAUUGAUUGUCUUCAUCUAAAGAAGACUGACAAGUCAAGAAUGAAUGCAGAGGACCCAAUGGAAGUUGAAAACGGAGCUAGUACCAAUGACGAAGAUAUUACUCAUGAUUAUGAAGACAAGGUUGAGAAAUUGAAAGAGCUAUCAAGAAAGCCUGAUAUAUACGAGAGGUUAACUAAGUCUUUGGCACCAAAUAUAUGGGAGCUUGAUGAUGUGAAGAAGGGACUCCUUUGUCAGCUUUUUGGUGGGAGUGCAUUGACAUUGCAAUCUGGGGCUAGCUUUCGAGGAGAUAUCAAUAUCCUUCUUGUUGGCGAUCCUGGAACCAGUAAGUCACAGCUUCUCACUUACAUACAUAAGCUAUCCCCUCGUGGAAUUUAUACAAGUGGACGAGGGAGCUCUGCUGUUGGAUUGACUGCCUAUGUAGCCAAAGAUCCCGAGUCUGGUGAAACUGUUCUAGAGAGUGGAGCCUUAGUUUUAAGUGAUAAAGGCAUUUGCUGUAUUGAUGAAUUUGACAAGAUGUCAGAAAAUGCAAGGAGCAUGUUACAUGAGGUGAUGGAACAACAAACAGUGUCAAUAGCGAAGGCGGGGAUCAUUGCUUCCCUCAAUGCAAGAACUUCAGUAUUAGCCUGUGCAAAUCCAAGUGGCUCGAGAUAUAAUCCUCGCUUAUCUGUCAUUGACAAUAUACACCUUCCUCCUACAUUGUUGUCCAGGUUUGAUUUGAUAUAUCUAAUUCUGGACAAGGCUGAUGAGCAAACUGACAGGCGACUUGCUAAGCACAUUGUUGGGUUACACUUUGAAGAUACUGAGAACUCAGAGCAGGAUGUCAUCGACCUUCCAACGCUAACAGCUUAUGUGAGCUAUGCCCGGAAAAACAUACAUCCAGAAUUGUCAGAUGAAGCUGCUGAAGAGUUGACACGAGGCUAUGUUGAGAUGAGAAGAAGAGGAAAUUUCCCAGGCAGUAGCAAAAAGGUUAUAACAGCAACACCUAGACAAAUUGAAAGUUUGAUACGGCUCAGUGAGGCCCUGGCUCGGAUUCGUUUCUCCGAAUUGGUUGAGAAAAAAGAUGUAGUGGAGGCUUUUCGGCUUCUUGAAGUUGCUAUGCAGCAGUCUGCCACAGACCACGCUACAGGGACCAUCGAUAUGGAUCUCAUCACGACUGGGGUUUCUGCAAGCGAAAGGAUGAGAAGGGAGAGUUUGGUAUCACUUACACGCAGCAUUAUAAUGGAGAAAAUGCAAAUAGGAGGACCCUCCAUUCGCCCGUUGGAGUUAUUGGAAGAAUUGAAGAAACAAAGUUCAGGUGCUGAAUACCAUCUUAGUGAUCUACGGAACGCUCUUUCUACUCUUGCAAGCGAGGGAUUUGUUGUGAUUCAUGGUGACAGUGUAAAGAGAGUAUGAAACCAGCAAGAAGGUGCAAGGACAGGUGUAACCUUCGGUACAACCAAAGGAGUCUAAUCACAGCUUUCAUAACUUGGAAACUUUCCUCAUCGUCUGUUCUUUGGUUGGUAAACAUAUGUGUAGUUGAAAGGCAUUAUUAUUGUGAUUGAGUUUGAUUUAUCCUUAUAGUGUAGGAGUAUCAUAUGAAGACUUGUAUUAAAGAUUGGAAGUUGUAAUCUACUUUACAUUAGUGCAUUCGGUGAUUCAACUUUGAAAAA